GAUCUCCUUCUUCGUCACUACUUCCCCAUUUAUCAUCAAAUCUAGAGAGAGAGAGAGAGGGAGGGAGGGAGGGAGGGAGAGAGAGCUCCGAUUAGUUUUUGUCUCGUGUCAACGUCGCGGAACCGAUCACGGGUCCCACUUGAUUAGUCCGCUCACCGACGGCGAUGUCGAUUCCUCUCUGCACCUGACAUGAAUCUCUCCCUUUCCUCGGCGUCCUCUCUCUCGUCUUCCGCAGCCACGGCGACGUCACCUUCGGGCAAAACUUCGACGGCAACGACGAGUACUUCCUGGUUCUCCGGCAUUGUACGCGGCCGAGCUGACAGGUCCGGCAGCAUCAAGAUGUCCGGCGGCUCAGGCUUCGCCGACUCCGCCGGCCCUAUCAAGGGCAAGAACCAGUUCCGUGGCCUGCUCUUCAAGUACGGGCCCAAAUCUGUCCAGGUUGCAUUUAAAACAGGUGACUACAAGCAGCAAGUCAUCUUUAUUGGUGGGCUCACCGAUGGUUUUCUGGCAACUGAAUACUUGGAACCUCUUGCGAUUGCUUUGGAUAAAGAGAAGUGGUCACUCGUUCAAGUGCUGCUCUCGUCUUCAUACACUGGAUAUGGGACCUCCAGCUUGCAACAAGAUGCUGCAGAAAUUGAUCAGCUAAUCAGCUAUUUGAUCAACAAAGAAGAUUCUGAAGGUGUGGUACUACUUGGGCAUAGCACAGGUUGUCAGGAUAUUGUGCAUUACCUGCGUACCAAUGCUGCAUGUUCACGAGCAGUCCGCGCUGCAAUUUUGCAGGCUCCGGUGAGUGAUAGAGAAUACAGAGCUACACUUCCCGAAACUGCUACUUUGAUAGACUUAGCUUCCGCCAUGAUCAAAGAAGGGCGGGGAUCAGAAUUUAUGCCGAGGGAAGCGGAUCCAACAGCACCAAUCACUGCAAAUAGGUACCACUCCCUUUGUGCAUAUAUGGGUGAUGAUGACUUGUUCAGUUCUGAUCUUAGUGAUGACCAGUUGAGAAUGAGACUGGGCCACAUGUCCAACACACCUUGCCAGGUUAUUUUCUCCAUGGCAGAUGAGUAUGUGCCUGAGUAUGUCGAUAAGAAAGCUCUAGUUGAGAGGUUGUGCCGAGCGAUGGGCGGGGCGGAGAAAGUCGAGAUAGAGCACGGGAAUCAUUCCCUGUCGAACAGGGUUCAUGAAGCUGUGCAGGCAAUGGUUGAUUUUGUCAAGAGAGAGGGGCCCAGCGGUUGGGAUGAUCCUUGGAACUAAUUGAUGAUAUCAGCGUUCCGUUCCAAAAUUUUUUAAUCUUGCUAGAGAUAUGUUUCGAUAUGAGUCUUUGCAAAAUUGCUCAUCGGUUUUAUUGCAAAUAUUAGAGAUGAUCUUAUCUCAUUAACAUUUGUUCGAGAUUUUGACGUUGCGGGCUGUUGUCAAAGUAAUAGCUUAUGACAUUUGUUUCUGUUUUUAUCUUCUUCGGUUUGUGAGGGAUUCGGUUUUGUGGUGAAUUUGGAGUUCGUGGUGAUUGUAUCGGCUAUAAACGGAACAAAAAGCAUGUACUCA